UCCAAAGGUAGAUAGAUUUAUAUCGGGACCUAUAAGUUUCUGUCGUUUUGACGCGGAGGAGAGAUCCGGGGAGGGAAGGAGCCACUUUAUACGCACAGGAUACCGGUCAGACUCCGCUGCUGCCUUUCAGCCGGGAUAUCCCCUCCUUCUCCGCCGAAGACCACUGGAAACUAAUUUUUCCUCUUCUAAACUUCCCGAGAGAGACUGAUCCUGGUCGGCUUUUUUUUUUUUUUUUUUUUUUUGCUCUCUGUGUGGUGUGGAGGCUGUAUAGCCUGUAGUUUACUAAGGACUUUCACAACGACGCAGGAUGCCCCAAAAAGAAUACCACAACCAAGCCACGUGGGAGUCUGGCGUAGCCUCAAUGAUGCAGAACAGUCACAGUGGCGUAAACCAGCUUGGUGGUGUGUUUGUUAAUGGUAGACCGCUGCCGGAUUCCACCAGGCAGAAAAUAGUUGAACUUGCCCACAGUGGCGCUCGACCCUGCGACAUCUCCAGGAUACUGCAGGUAUCCAACGGCUGUGUGAGCAAGAUCCUGGGCCGGUAUUAUGAAACUGGCUCCAUAAGACCGAGAGCAAUAGGCGGCAGCAAGCCCAGGGUCGCCACUCCAGAGGUGGUCGCGAAAAUCGCGCAGUACAAGCGGGAGUGUCCGUCUAUCUUUGCGUGGGAGAUCCGUGACAGACUUCUGUCGGAGGGGAUCUGCACCAACGACAAUAUACCCAGUGUGUCAUCGAUAAACAGAGUCCUCCGCAACCUGGCUAGUGAAAAGCAACAGAUGGGCGCAGAUGGCAUGUAUGACAAGCUGAGAAUGCUCAACGGUCAGACAGGAACUUGGGGGACCCGGCCCGGCUGGUACCCCGGAACAUCAGUGCCAGGGCAGCCCAACCAAGACGGUUGCCAACAACAAGACGGCGCAGGAGAAAACACAAACUCCAUCAGCUCGAACGGGGAGGAUUCAGAGGAGACACAAAUGCGACUGCAGCUCAAGAGGAAACUACAGAGAAACCGCACGUCCUUCACGCAGGAGCAGAUUGAAGCACUGGAAAAAGAAUUUGAAAGAACUCAUUAUCCAGAUGUUUUUGCGCGCGAGAGACUAGCAGCGAAAAUCGACCUGCCCGAAGCAAGAAUACAAGUAUGGUUCUCAAAUAGAAGAGCAAAGUGGAGGCGAGAGGAAAAGCUGCGGAACCAGCGCCGCCAGGCCAACAACUCCUCCAGUCACAUUCCCAUCAGCAGCAGCUUUAGUACCAGCGUCUACCAGGCCAUCCCACAGCCCACUACACCGGUGUCUUUCACCUCGGGGUCAAUGCUGGGUAGACCUGACUCUGCACUCACAAACACCUACAGUGCGCUGCCCCCCAUGCCAAGCUUCACCAUGGCAAACAAUCUACCUAUGCAACCCAGCCAGACCUCCUCUUAUUCCUGCAUGCUGCCUACCAGUCCGCCUGUGAAUGGGCGGAGCUACGACACAUACACGCCCCCUCAUAUGCAGGCACAUAUGAACAGCCAAUCAAUGACCACUUCUGGUACCACCUCAACAGGACUCAUCUCUCCUGGAGUGUCUGUCCCUGUCCAAGUCCCAGGGAGCGAGCCUGACAUGUCUCAGUACUGGUCAAGACUACAGUAGAGAGAAGAGCUACUUCACCCUGUAACCACCCACUCCACCAUCGCCCUCCGGCAGUGCUCCUCACACAUACACGGCACAGGAGAGUAGAGAAGGCGAGAGAGGGUUGUGAAGAGGCAAAGGACAGGAGAGGGGAGGAGGAAAGAAAGAGAGAGACUCUGGGAGAGCCUUGGGACGUCUGGGCUUUGUUUUUCCAAUGGGACUGUGUGCUGUUCUGUAGCUCUAGGCACAUUCAAACGAGGACUUUGGAAGAGAGAACAACGAUGGAAAGACAGAAAAAAAAUGGACCUCUGUAAAGUGCCCGGUGUUAAAUUUUUAUGGAACAAAAACUUAUGUUUUUUUUUCUAUUUCCAACUUCAGUCAUUGUUUCCUUUUUUCUCUGGUGUGUUAGUAAAUGGCCAUUUGUAUGUUAAUAUGAAAAACCAAGAUCAAGUACUGAUAGAUGGACUGCUAGAAAACCAUGUUGGUCUUGCGUUUGUUUGAGCGAGGAGAACCUGAGAGAUUCUGCCAUGACUAUCUUUUGAUCUGCUUAUAUCGAGACUUUCUACCAGCCUUUGCAUGGUCUCUGGACGCUGUUGCAUAUCAUUAAAGACGAAAAGCUGGAGGGAAGACUCUUACUGUGUCAAAAGAAAAAACAACAAAAAAACUAUUUAUUGGUCUUAUUUCUUAUGAAUGGAUAUUUAGCGGAGGAAACUCAAACUCGAUCCACCCACUGAGGCUGUGGUCUCGACUCCUCUGAUGUGGGCCUGCGUUUGCCGGCUUAUUAAACACGGAUCACUAUCGACAGCUCAAAGUGUGCACAGACGGCGCGACGAGCGACACAAGUUGGGUCUUGCUUCGGUGGUUGGAUUGACUCUAGAUUACCACGAAGAACAUUAAAUGUGGAAAACAGGUGUAAAAGAAAACCUGUAGUCUGUAAAUGGUAGACUGCGUCUUCGAUAUAAUCCAGUUUGUUUAUGUCAAAAUGUAAAGUACUUGUCUUCCCUAGAAAUCUUCCAGAAAGAUUUCUCCAAUAAAAGUUGAUUUCAUUUAUAUCCCCGAGAA